ACCGGCUGAAAUUCUGCUAGAAUUUCAAGCAGUUUUGUUUGCGCGUUAUUUAUCUGGUUGUAGUGACAGAUUCCGAACCUCGCACCAAAAGAGAGACGAAAGAAACGAUUCAACAUACUGUAAAAAAAACAACAUAGACCAAGAAAUAUAUAUAUAUUUAUGACUUUGCAAAUUAAACGCAACGAAUUAAAUUUGUUCAUUUGUCGGAAAAUUGUUACAUUAUGGAUGAAACUGGUUCGAAACAUAAAUUAAAUACAAGUGAUACAGACGAUGAAAACUCAUACAUAAGCAAUAAACGACAAAGAAAUUCUCCAACUGACGAAAAUUUGGAUCCCUCAUCAUCUGUUGACAAAAGUGAAUCGUCACAUAUUCGCUUCGCAAAUCUAAGAAGUGCAUCAAAAUCAUCACCACUCUCGUCGCUAUUUGCGGUGAGCGAUAUGGGUUUCGGUGUUUUAGAUUCAGAUGAAUCAAAUCAAUCGUCACUUGUGAGCAGUGCAAUUGCAUCGUUUGCACCGCCAAGUUCAGCGCUUAGCAUGAUACCACCGGACACAUCGAACGAUUCGAUCGUUGAUGAAUCGGAUUUGGCGGAACCGUUCAGCGAAACGGAAAGUAAUUUAGAUCAAAAUACAAUGAGCGACGUGCAUCUAUCGUCCAACGAAGCAAAUUCAUUGCCCACGUUAAAUGGUUCUGAAUCGAAAAAUGAGUGCAGCAAUUUUCCAACUGAAAUGCAGGCGAAUCAUGAUUUUACACCGGCCACACUUAUACCAUGCAAUCGAACAAAUUUCCGUGGCAUUCUGCAGCAACAAGAAAAUGUUGGUAGCAACGGCAGCAGCAGCACCAGCGGUCAAUCAACAUCAUUUGCUGGCAAUCAAACAAUUGCCCAUCCACCGGAAGGACGGGCAAUUCUUGGUAAUUCAAUGAAAAAAAUUCAAAAAGAAAAUACCGUAUGUGAUAGUCCAAUGAAGCAUAAAGGUCGCAGUCCAUUGGCAACAAUUGGAAAUGCAACACCAAUUCAAUCGCCCGAUUUGGAUGACAUCAAAAAAGCGGCAAACAAUGGUGACAGUUUUUUCAUGUAUCAACGACGUGAUCCACGGCUUUAUACUGGCGAAGAUAAUUUUACAAAAUUAUCCGAUGAAGUUUUACUAUUGAUUUUCAAAUGGCUACCGAAAAAAACACUUAACCGUUGUAGCCUGGUCAAUCAUCGUUUUUGUCGUGUUGUUCAAGAUGAAUCGCUAUGGGCACGAUUGGAUUUGGCCGGAAAAACCAUUCAACCAUAUGCAUUGGGCCGCAUACUAGUGCGUGGCGCCAUUAUUCUACGCUUGGCACAAAGCAAGAUUCUUGAGCCCAUAUUCGAUAUGUCUCGAUUACAAAAGGAUUAUUCCACGAAAGUUCAAUAUUUGGAUUUAAGUAUGGCAGUUAUUUCAACCGAUUCAUUGGUUCAAUUAUUCACAAAGUGUCGUCAACUUCGUAAACUAAGUCUUGAGCAUGUGCCAGUCAAUGAUGCCGUUUGCAAGGCAAUUGCACAAAAUCGAAAAUUAGAAGUGCUUAAUUUGUCCAUGUGCACUGGCAUCAAUCCGUAUGGCGUUAAAAAAAUACUUGGCUCAUUGAAAGGAUUACACACAUUAAAUAUCUCGUGGACAUCGCUGGAGGUGCACAGUUUACGUGAAUUCGCACAUUAUAUUAAUGAUAAUAUGACACGACUGAAUAUCGCUGGAUGCCGAAAAACAAUGACUGAUGAUAUUUUGAAAAAAAUUGUAUCUCGUUGUCCACAAUUACGUGAAUUAGAUUUAUCAGAUUGUACAGCACUUACGUCGGAAACAAUUGGCAUUGUUGCCAAUUUGGAACAUUUGGAAUAUUUGUCAUUAUCCCGUUGUUACAAUUUAAGUGUGUCUGCGUAUCUGGAAAUCUAUCAAUUGAAAGCGCUACAAUUUAUCGAUGUAUUUGGUGUAUUGUCAGAUCAAGCACUGUCGAUUCUGAGUGAAAAGUUUCCGCACAUUGGAGUAAAUAAAUAUAAGCAUUCGGCCGUGGCAAGACCAACCGUAGGAAGUCGGCGAACAUCGAUUUGGGGUCUUCGUACGCGAGAUUAAACCAUAUUAUCAUCAACAUGCCCAUAAAUCAUUGUAAAAUCAUCGUUUUUCUCGUCAUAUUAUAUGUAUAAAAUUCGAAACAAAAAAAAAAACAUUCAGAAAGAAAAACCCACAUCUCUCACGUGUCGGAGCUAAUUAAUCAAAAGAAUGAAUUGAAAAUGUCGUCGUUUGUAUUGAUACAUAUUUUUUGUGAAAAUUAAAAAAAGAGAACGAAAGAAUAAAUUUAUAU